UGCCUGUGACCGUGACCAAGGGCGUCGCUGGGGCACGGCCGGGCGGCGCCGCGGGAGUGCGCAGGACCCGCCAUGGGGGCCGAAGCCUCGGGGAGCCGGCCGGAGCUGCAGGAGCUCAUGCGCGAGGCGGAGAUCAGUCUGCUCGAGUGCAAGGUGUGCUUUGAGAGGUUUGGCCACCGGCAGCAGCGGCGCCCGCGCAACCUGUCCUGCGGCCACGUGGUCUGCCUGGCCUGCGUGGCCGCCCUGGCGCACCCACGCACGCUGGCCCUCGAGUGCCCAUUCUGCAGACGAGCCUGCCGGGGCUGCGACACCAGCGACUGCCUGCCGGUGCUGCACCUCAUAGAGCUCCUGGGCUCGGCGCUUCGCCAGUCCCCGGCCGCCCACCGCGCUGCCCCCAGCGCCCCCGGAGCCCUCACCUGCCACCACGCCUUCGGCGGCUGGGGGACUCUGGUCAACCCCACCGGACUGGCGCUUUGUCCCAAGACAGGGCGGGUCGUGGUGGUGCACGACGGCAAGAGGCGUGUCAAGAUUUUUGACUCUGGGGGAGGAUGCGCGCAUCAGUUUGGAGAGAAGGGGGACGCUGCCCAAGACAUUAGGUACCCUGUGGAUGUCACCGUCACCAACGACUGCCAUGUGGUUGUCACUGACGCGGGAGAUCGCUCCAUUAAAGUGUUUGAUUUUUUUGGCCAGAUCAAGCUUGUCAUUGGAGGCCAAUUCUCCUUACCGUGGGGUGUGGAGACCACCCCUCAGAAUGGGAUUGUGGUAACUGAUGCGGAGGCAGGGUCCCUGCACCUCCUGGACGUGGACUUCGCCGAAGGGGUCCUUCGAAGAACUGAAAGGUUGCAAGCUCAUCUGUGCAAUCCCCGUGGGGUGGCAGUGUCUUGGCUCACAGGGGCCGUUGCAGUCCUGGAGCACCCCCUGGCCCUGGGGAGUGGGGUCUGCAGCACCAGGGUGAAAGUGUUUAGCUCAAGUAUGCAACUUGUUAGCCAGGUGGAUACCUUUGGGCUGAGCCUCUACUUUCCCUCCAAAAUAACUGCCUCAGCUGUAACCUUUGAUCACCAGGGACAUGUGAUUGUUGCAGAUACAUCUGGUCCAGCUAUCCUUUGCUUAGGAAAACCUGAGGAGUUUCCAGUACCAAAGCCCAUGGUCACUCAUGGUCUUUCUCAUCCUGUGGCUCUUACCUUCACCAAGGAGAAUUCUCUUCUUGUGCUGGACACAGCAUCUCAUUCUAUAAAGGUCUACAAAGUUGACUGGGGGUGAUGGGCUGGGGUGGGGCUCUAGAAUCAAAAGUCCUAGUGCUGCCAUUAAUUAAUUGUUUAACCCUGGAUAAGUCACUUAAACUCAUCUAUCCAGACAGGGAUAAUUAAAACUGUCUGGCAGACUUA